AUGGCAGGUCGCAUAGGUCGAUUAGAAUCAUUCGACGCCGACACGGAGUCGUGGGAGUCCUACAGUGAAAGACUAGGUCAAUAUUUUCUUGUAAACGAGAUAAAAGAUGAAAAACAAGUUCCGGCGCUACUCAGUCUGAUUGGCGGAAGGACAUACAAUGUAUUACGAGACCUAACUGCACCGGACAGGCCAGCGACAAAAACAUUUAAUGAACUGGUGGCGAUAUUAAAGAAUCAUCUGUCCCCAAAACCCUUACUUAUCGCGGAAAGGUUCCGCUUUCAUAAGCGUGAUCAGAAGGAGGGAGAAAGUGUAAGAGAUUAUGUAGCUCAAUUACGAAAAUUAUCGGAGCACUGUGAAUUUGGAGUCGUGCUGAUGGAGUCACUGAGGGACCGGUUCGUUUGCGGGUUGAAGAAUGAGGCAGUUCAGAAAAAGUUGCUGUCGGAAAAAGAUUUAAGUUUUGAUAAAGCUGUGGAUAUUGCAGUGGCCAUGGAAACCGCCGCACGGGAUGCGGUUGAAUUACAAGCGAAACACAAGGGUCUGAGUGUACAUAGCCUGAAAUCAAAGAAUCCAAAGUUCAGCUCUAGAAAUCAGAAAUCAUCACAGCAAAACAAACCCAAGGUGAGUUCACACGAGAAGCCGUGUUAUCGAUGCACACGUCCAGGACAUGAUCCUCAAAAAUGUUUCUUCAAAAAUGAAAAAUGUAACCAGUGUGGAAAAGUAGGUCACAUUAAAAGGGCGUGUCGGCGAGAGGUACACACAGAGAAAAAUGGGAAGAAAGUACACUCUCUAGAUGACCAGUAUUAUGACUAUGGUGACAUUGUAGGUGACAUAUACACGGUACAUGAUACACAGUCCCCAGGUCCUUAUUGGGUAAAGCCCAGAGUAGAUGGGACACCACUACGGAUGGAACUGGACACCGGUUCAGCAGUGUCAGUAAUCCGGAAACAGGAUUUAGUGGAGCAUUUUGGGAAAGUUACAUUAAACCCCACCACAAAGGUAUUCAAGACCUAUUCAGGUGAGACUAUCACUCCGAUUGGGGUAAAGGAAGUCAAAGUACACAUCAACAACCAAAUAAGUGAUCUUCCUCUGUACGUUGUGGAGCGCGGUGGACCUCCAUUGUUCGGAAGGAGUUGGCUAAGUGAACUAAAACUGAACUGGGCAGAAAUACAUGCAGUUUCGGCAGUGUCAGACCAUAGUAACCGUGCUGAUUCAGUAAAAUCCAUUCUCCAGAGAUACGCGGAGGUGUUUGAACCUAAUCUCGGUACAGUAAAGGAUAUUCAGGCCAGGUUCACAUUAAAGGAGGAUAGUCAGCCCAAGUUCAUGAAAGCGAGGCCCGUGCCUUUCUCUCUUAGGCCAGCUGUGGACAAGGAACUUGAUAGACUUGUUAACCUAGGUAUACUUACACCGGUUGAUCAUAGUAGCUAUGCUACUCCCAUUGUAGUAGUGCCCAAGAAAGAUGGGUCGGUCCGCAUUUGUGGGGAUUUCAAAACUACUGUUAACUCAAUGAUUGUGAUUGACAAGUAUCCUUUGCCUAAGAUUGAAGACAUAUUUGCGAAUCUGUCUGGGGGUCAGCACUUUACUAAAAUCGACCUGAAGAACGCCUAUCUACAAAUGGAGGUUGUUGGGGAACAGAGACCACUGCUGACAAUUAAUACACACCGAGGAUUGUUCCGCUACAACAGAUUAGUGUUUGGUAUCGCUGCAGCGCCAGCAAUUUGGCAGCGCACUAUGGAGCAGAUCCUACAAGGCAUCCCAGGUGUCCAAUGUAUAAUUGACGAUAUGAUAAUUACAGGACGCACUGAGGAGGAACAUCUACAGAACCUGGGUAGUGUACUAGGUAGACUUCAGAAGUAUGGAUUAAAAGCAAACAUUGAGAAAUGUGACAUUUUUGAAGACAAGAUAGAGUUCUGUGGCCAUGUCAUCAAUGCGGAAGGCUUACACAAGACUCAGGAGAAAAUCAAAGCUGUUGUUGAGGCAGCAGUACCAGGAAAUGUCUCGCAGCUCAGAGCCUUUUUGGGCCUGGUCAAUUACUAUGGAAAGUUCCUACAGAACUUGGCAUCAACUCUAAGACCCUUACAUAAACUGUUGGAGAAGAAUGCACCAUGGGUGUGGUCUAGGGAGUGUCAACAGGCCUUUGUCAAGGUAAAGGAAAAGAUGACAUCAGAGCAGGUCUUAGCUCAUUAUGACCCAAACCUACCUGUUUCCAUAGCUUAUGAUGCCUCACCAUACGGCGUGGGUGCAGUCCUGUCUCAUGUCAUGCCGAGUGGCGCUGAACGCCCGAUCGCGUUUGCUUCGCGCACGUUAAAUCCAGCGGAGAGAAAUUAUUCCCAAAUUGAUAAGGAAGCUUUGGCUAUAAUUUGGGGAAUUAAACAUUUUAACGCUUACCUAUAUGGGAGACAUUUCACACUAAUCACAGACCAUCAGCCAUUAGUCUCUAUUUUUGGUCCGUCGAAAGGAAUGUCUGUUAGUGCGUCAGCACGCAUGCAGAGAUAUGCAGUUUUCCUAUCGGCUUAUACUUACUCCAUACAAUACAAGAACACUAAGCUGCAUGGGAAUGCAGAUGGGCUAUCACGUCUUCCGUUAAAAUCAGCUCGGACACAGAGUGAACGAGAGAUUUUAGAUGAGUCACACCUGUUCCAAGUUUCCCAGAUUGAAACAUUACCUGUUUCAGCUUCAGAUAUUGUGAAAGGGAUCAGAAAGAGCCCAACUCUUUGUAAAGUGUUGAAUGACGUUUUACACGGGUGGUCACAGAAGGACAAAGCAGCAUUACCCUUUUAUGACCGACGGAAUGAUAUUACCGUUCAACAAGGCAUUCUGCUGUGGGGAAUUAGAGUGAUAAUUCCAGAAGAACUGCAACCUCGAGUCCUAGAGGAACUCCACUCAGGACAUCCGGGAAUUGUCAAGAUGAAAGCUCUCGCCAGGAGUCAUGUAUGGUGGCCAGGGAUUGACAAGGAUCUUGAGCAGCUCGCUAAGAACUGUAAUGGUUGUCAGGGUAACAGAAACACAGCAAAAGAGGCGCCAGUUCACCCAUGGGAAUUCCCCAUGACACCUUGGCAAAGGAUCCAUGUGGAUUUUGCUAAACAGUAUGUUCUUGGUAGUGGUGGACGCCCACUCCAAGUGGCCCGAGGUCGUUCAGAUGGGUUCUACAACAGCCUCAAAGACCAUUGA